GCACCUGGCACAACCGGGACGCAACGGGCGCGGCGCGGCGCGGAGCGGGCCGUGCGCACCACCGCAACCGGGCGAGUCAGGGCCGUGUUCGCGUGAGCAGCUGCUGCCGUGCCGUGCCGUGCGAUGACGUGGGCGCUGGUGGGUGCAGCUCAUGACCAGGUGCUGGGGCUGGGAUCGAGAUCUCUCUGUUUUGCGCGCCGCGCGCGAGAGUCAGAGAGAGAGAUGGAGGGAGCGAGAGAGUCAGUUUGUCAGACCUACCUACCUAUGUGGUAGAGGGGGAGAGGUUUUGAGGCUCAGGCCACUGCUGCUGAUGGGUGGGAGCGUAUGUACGCAGUGUUGGAUUUUGAGAAUUGAUCAGCACGCAGCCUACGUCACUGAGAGGAGAAGCGUACAACGUACACCGUACAGUACAAGACCUAUGGUACCUAUCAAGGUAUUACUCGGAACCCAGGCACGCAGAGCGUGGGCGCGCGCGCGGACGGCAGAGCACGGCGGAGCACGGUGUAGAGCAAAAGCACACGACCACGACACCAGCACAGCGCGCCCACACACACAUACAGCCAUGACGAAUCCCUCCCGCGAGUCUUGCUCGCCUACGCUUCCCCGAGCACGCACCCACCCAACCCCCAGGCUCACGACACCCCUCUCGUCCACCAUCUCUACCUCUCCGCUUCAUCGCGCACUUCCCCCGACAAACGGACCGUACAAAUAGGGCUCGACACCCAAGCCACUAACUACCUAUUCACCACAAGCGAUGGCAGUGGAGGCAGGUAGGUAGGUAGGUAGGUAGCUAGCGGCCUAAAUAUCCAUAGCCCUGUAAAGGUAGGUAGCUAACGACAUGGGUUGAGUGUCACUGAUAUCAUUGUAAUCUGCUGUUUUCACUGGCUCU